GGAUGUAUAUAAAACAAGAUGGCGGGGUUUGGAGACAACUCGCGUGUCAAGGGAGUAUCUAUCGUAAAACCUAUCAUAUAUGGUAACGUUUCGCACUAUUUUGGCAAGAAGAGAGAGACUGAUGGUCACACUCAUGGCUGGACUGUCUACAUUAAACCAUAUAAAACUGAGGACAUGUCCAGUUAUGUCAAGAAAGUACACUUUAAACUACACGAAAGUUAUGCCAAUCCGUUACGAGUGAUUACAAAGCCGCCUUACGAAGUGAAUGAAUCAGGAUGGGGAGAAUUUGAAAUAACAAUCAAGAUUUUCUUCAUGGAUCCACAAGAAAGGCCAGUCACACUUUAUCAUUUAUUAAAACUUUUUCAAACUGAGUCAGCACUUGCCUCUGGAAAAAAGCAACUGGUUGCUGAAUUUUACGAUGAAGUUAUCUUUCAAGAUCCCACRCAGAUGAUGCACCAGUGUUUAUUGAGUACAAAGCAGUUACCACCAGUAAAGCAUGAAUCAGACUGGAUAGAAAUAGAACAAAGAACAAUCAAUUCUAUCGCCACAGCAAGAUCCAAGAUAGGAAAAGAAAUCACUCAACUGAAUGAAAGAUUAAAAGCCAGCCGUAACCAAAUAAACCACCUGAAAGACGAAAUAGCAAGUCUGGAACAGGACGAGCAACCAGACCAGCAGACUACCCCUGGUCAGUCACAGCCUCAACUUCAAGUUCAGAUAUCACCAUUACAAAUUGAUCACCCACAGGUGACGACUACACAUUGAGCCCGCUACACUAAAGCAUAGGUGGUCAGCGGUUAUUGUACAGUCACAGCCUCGCUUACAUGUACAGAUGCAUCAUACACACACUGCAGACAGUCAGUUCUAGUCUCUCCCUACCACAGGAAGCUCAGUAAGUUUUAUAGCUUCAAGUAUUAGAAAUAGUGUCUCAAUUUAAAGUGAUUGAGCGUAUGUAGAUGUUGUAAAAUAGCAAGAAGAAAGGCUCUGCGCAAUCCAUGGGAUUUCCCCCCUGGAUUGCAGCAUCGUGAUUCUUUACAGAGUCUGCAUUGUUUCUGCUCAGCGAUUUACUUCAAAUAUGCCAAAUGAAGGCUGGGAUGGCGCAACAUGUAUUUAUUUUUUAUUUUGUCAAAUAAAAUAGAAAGGACAAGUUAUAAAGUACUUUUCCUUUCUCUUUCCGUAA